AGAAGCCCUGUUUUGCCGCCCCCUCCCUCGCUGGGCCCCCGCGUAGAGCCGCCUCACAGAGUUCAGUCGGUCUGGGAGAGGAAUGCGCUGGGAUGCGGAGCAGCACCGACUCUAGGAAAUCGCCGUAACAACUCGCAUAGUAUGGACGGCAAUGAUCCAUAUUUACACCUCAACUCCUCAGGGCCGAUGAGCACAGCCCACAGCCACCCCUCUUCAAUGGUUGGCAUGGUUGGCCACCCAUCAGUCAUCAGCACCUCCAGGCCCUUGCCGUCCCCCAUGUCCACCCUUGGCUCACCAAUUAACGGCCUUGCCUCACCCUAUCCUGUCAUUACAUCGUCAAUGGGCUCACCCUCUGUGUCACUGCAAUCUACACCCAGCAUGAACUUUGGACCACUCGGCAGUCCGCAGAUGAACUCAAUGAACAGUGUUAGCAGCUCUGAGGACAUCAAGCCUCCUCCAGGUCUGCAGAGUCUCGGAAACAUCAAUUACCAAUGUACCAGCCCAGGGGGAAUGUCAAAACACAUCUGCGCCAUUUGUGGGGACCGCUCCUCAGGAAAGCACUAUGGCGUGUAUAGCUGUGAGGGAUGCAAAGGCUUCUUCAAGAGGACCGUGCGGAAAGAUCUCACCUACACAUGUCGAGACAACAAGGAGUGCCUGAUUGACAAGCGCCAGCGAAACCGCUGCCAGUACUGUCGCUACCAGAAGUGCCUGGCCAUGGGCAUGAAGAGAGAAGGUGUGUGUGCAACCGUGCAGGAAGAGAGGCAACGUGGGAAAGAGCGGGGGGAGAAUGAGGUGGAAUCUACCAGCAGUUUCAAUGAGGACAUGCCUGUGGACAAGAUCCUAGAUGCUGAGUUGGCUGUGGAGCCCAAAACAGAGACAUACAGUGACGGCAGUCCUGGGAACUCGACCAAUGAUCCCGUCACCAAUAUCUGCCAAGCGGCAGACAAACAACUUUUCACCUUGGUGGAGUGGGCCAAACGGAUCCCACACUUCUCUGAACUCCCCCUUGAUGAUCAGGUCAUUCUGCUGCGAGCAGGCUGGAAUGAGCUGCUUAUUGCCUCUUUCUCACAUCGCUCAGUAACGGUUAAAGACGGUAUCCUGCUGGCAACAGGUCUUCAUGUCCACAGAAGCAGCGCCCACAGUGCUGGAGUGGGCUCCAUUUUUGACAGAGUAUUGACAGAGCUGGUUUCUAAAAUGAAAGACAUGCAGAUGGAUAAGACAGAGCUCGGCUGUCUGCGUGCCAUCGUCCUCUUUAACCCAGAUGCAAAAGGUUUGUCAAACCCGGCAGAGGUUGAGGGACUACGAGAAAAAGUAUACGCUUCGUUAGAGUCAUAUACAAAACAGAAGUAUCCAGACCAGCCCGGCAGGUUUGCCAAACUGCUGCUGCGGCUGCCUGCACUACGCUCCAUCGGCCUCAAGUGUCUGGAGCAUUUGUUCUUCUUCAAGCUAAUCGGGGACACGCCGAUUGACACCUUCCUAAUGGAGAUGCUGGAGGCGCCGCACCAGAUCACAUGACACCAGUCUUCCCCUUGUCCCCUGUAUAUACUCCCACAUUGUGAGCGAUAUGAAGAUGGAAUAAUAGGACUUGAUUAAAAUUGUAAAACAACGUAUUUUGUACCGAGCAAAAAGAAGACAAGUAAUUAAAAUUUACGAAAAAUAUUUUGUGGUUGUGGGGGGUUUGUGGUCAUGAGACACACGAAGAAGUACACUGUUAAAAUAAUGCUAAUAAAGUUGUUAACAGAUUUUGUAAAUAGAUAAUUUCAGGUGUUUGUUUUAAAAGCCACCCAAUGCAAUUUGAAAAGAAAAUCAUAUUUUAUUCAAAGAAAAACUGUAUAAAAAAAACAUAAAACAUCCUUACAUUUCUUAAAAUAAAUUUGAG